AGAAAUUUUUCUACUACCGGUACGUACGACCAAAUCGUCUGAUCUAAAUUCCGUGUGCCGCCGCCGUUUGAGCGCCGUACAAUUUUCAUAAAUCCGAAACCCCCGACAAGUUUCCGUGAUACAACUAGACCGAGCUUGCCCACGACAGCAUUUCAACAGAUCAUCAACAGCAAAGAGUCAAACAGGAAAAAGCACAACAGCACACAACACGAAUCGAUCGAGAACGUAGAACUCACAACGCAACAAACCGCAACGGAACACAACAACGAAAAAGAGAGCCAGAAAGCCUCAAAUUCUUCACCAAAACAAAACAGAAUACAGAACACACGCAACACGCAACACCCAACACCCAAAAUGGCAACAACCAUGCCGGUUGAUAUCAUUUCACCCGACCCGGGAAAGACUUCGCCGGCGACUGUCGCGAUCGACGUUACCGCGUCGUAUCCAAAUGGCGUUCGGGAACUCAAGCAGUUGCUCCAAUACAACGAGCAGCUGUACAUGCCCGAGGAACUCAUGAUGGCAAACGACAGCAUCAAGGUCUGGAACCUCGACGACGACGAAGACGAAAACCCCGCCGAAAAAGUAAUGUUUCGAAACGAUCCCUUCCGCGUCAGUCAAGAAGCCAGACGCAUGCUCAUCAACAGAGUGAGCAUCGAGGAAUCAACGGACGGAAUUCACCAAGACCACAGGCUUGCGGCGGCUGCUGCUGCUGCUGCCGAAAUGGUGGUGGAAGAAACGAAGGAAGACCUCAUGUCGCCCCUGUACAUUCCUUCCGAACCAAUCGCACCGGCAACAGAAAUACCACGCAGAGUGUCAUCGACGCUUCCACCGAGACGACCAUCGCAGUCCCCAAUGGUUCUGGACCGCGGCACCACGAGGACCGUCGUUCUCGACAACGACGACCUCGACAUUGGCAGGCACGCGCAGCCGGGUGCGAAAGAACCAAACCCGCGGCCAUCGCACAGGCGCCGUGGUCAUCGAAGGAACCACAGCCACUUUGAUUUCCAAUUUUGAUGAGCGCCGACCCGACCAAACACGAAGGCAACUCAGCGACGGGGAACAAGGGGGCUUGCACCCUUUGAUUUUCGUCGUGCGAAACGAACCAUCCACUCUGCGACCAUUAGACACAAAACACAAUCACACCAAACACACCAUUCGUUUCAUUCUGUACAAAUAAAAUACGACCAAUGGAAUUGUAAUUGCUAUAGAAAAAAGAAAUACUAACAACGUGUGACAGCAAAAUAAGUAGUGCAUUCGUGUUCCAUCUGAUUCUUGUUCUUGGUGCUGGUGACAAUGGUGGCAAUGGUGCGUCUUGUGCUCUUCCGGUUUCUAUCUUCUCUAAGCAUGCCAGGAGCACGGAAGCCGUCGCGAGUGCCAGGGCAGCCGAAUCGAGGGCAAGGGUCUCGGCGCUGCUCUCGAGGGAGCUAACCAUUGAUUUGGUGGGCACAGGAUCGUUCGCAUUGGGCUUUGUGCCAAUCUGGUCGGCGCUGGUCCCUCCCGAUCCGGAGCCCGCCAGAACCUCGCCGGAUUUCGCCAUGGUAAAAUGCCUAGCAGGGAUCCACAGAGCGGGGGCGCCGGUGGCGGAUGCUCUUAUGGCUUGUCACCUAGUAAUAAGUUCAGAUACUCGCU